AUGACAACGCUCUAUGAUUUCCGGUCCUCUGAAAUCGAGUCAACUCUAGACCCUAAAGACCCAUCAGUCAUAUGGAUAGUGGUGUUGGGGUAUGUCAUAGCCUUUUUCCUGGCGUUUGGUGUCGGUCGGUUGCUACACCGGUUGAGAAAGCCGUGUAGGCAGCCGAGUCCGUACGUAAAACCGGUGUCAAAAGCUCUAACGGCCGCGAUACUGAUACCCAUACGUAUAACGGUUAUGAGGUGUCGACAUGAUAUGCCUGGUUCUAGAGGUGCCAUAUGGAAUCUGGUGGCCACGUUCGCCGGAAUGCCCAUCUCUGGCACCCAUAGCAUAGUCGGUGCAAUGGUUGGCUUCUCGGUUGUGGCCAAAGGUUUUGAUAGCAUUAAAUGGAUUGAAAUCGCAAAGAUUGGUAAGUCUUUGGACUUUUCAUCAAUCAUAUGA